UGCUCGCGGUGCCCGCUGGUGGAGCGGCGGCAGGCAGUGCGGCGGCGGCGGCGGCGGGUCGGGAGGAGCAGCCGCCGGCCCAGCCCGGCCCUGCCCCGGCAGCGCAGCAUGGCUAAGCACCACCGCACUCCGGCGCGCAGCCCGGAGCCCGUCAUCGAGGUCAAGAGCAAGUUUGAUGCUGAGUUUCGCCGGUUUGCCAUGAAGCGCUCCAGCAUAGGUGGCUUCCAGGAAUUCUACCAGCUGAUUCAGACAGUCCACCAAAUCCCCUCUGUGGAUGUUCUUCUUGGCUAUACAGACAUCCAUGGAGAUUUGCUGCCUAUCAACAACGAUGAUAAUUACCACAAAGCACUCUCCUCGGCCAAUCCUCUGCUCCGGGUCAUCAUCCAGAAACGGGCAGAAGCUGACACCAGCGUCUUUGCCUCCAACUCCCUGCAGCGGAAAAAGAAGGGACUGCUGCGCCCCGUGCACCAGCGGGCCAAGCCGCACCUGCUGAUCGGCAUGCCGCAGGAUUUCCGCCAGAUCUCCUCCAUCAUCGAUGUGGACAUUCUGCCCGAGACACAUCGGCGGGUGCGACUGCACAAGCACGGCUCCAACAAACCUCUGGGCUUCUACAUCCGGGAUGGGGUCAGCGUACGCGUGGCCCCCCACGGAGUUGAGAAGGUGCCCGGGAUCUUCAUCUCACGCUUGGUCAAGGGGGGGCUGGCCGAGAGCACCGGGCUCCUGGCCGUGAACGACGAGAUCUUGGAGGUCAACGGCAUCGACGUGGCGGGCAAGUCCCUGGACCAGGUGACGGACAUGAUGGUGGCCAACAGCCACAACCUCAUCAUCACGGUCAAGCCGGCCAACCAGCGCAACAACGUGAUCCGCAGCAGCAAGGCCUCGGGCAGCUCCGGCGUGUCCACGGACAGCACCCCCAGCCAACAGACACCCAGCCCGGCUUCCCAGUAUCUGAGCAACUGCAGCACAGCCGAGGGGGAGAGCGACGAAGAGGGCGACCUGGUGAUCGAGAGCGAUUUGCCUGCCGGUUGUCCCAACGGCGGCCUCCUCGAGAGUCUGCAACACAGCCUCUCCCUGUACAGCUCUCAGGGCUCGCUGCCUUCCCUGAACAGUCACAGCGGCAGCGGAAGCCCGAUCCGGGGCAGCCGAGCAGGCAGCCUCCGGGAAGAUGGUACGGUCAUCACUCUAUAGCCCUCGGCGCACCUCCUUCCCUGUGCCCUGUAUCGCAGCAUUUCCAAGGUCAGUUUGGUGACCGCCUUAUUCCUGGCCAGUGGGACUGGAAUCCAGGGCACGGGCAGGGUUUCUCCAUCUGGAUCACGAGUCACUACCCAGCAGGAACUCUUCUGCAUAUUAGGCUGCACCCUCCUGAGGUAGCCAAUCCUCCUGGAGCUUACAGUAGACCUUGUACUAAGAGCCCUAUAAGCUCUUGGAGGAUUGGCUACCUCAGGAGGGUGUGGCCUAAUAUGCAAAGGAGUUCCUGCUACAAAAAAAGCCCUGCGUACCCAGCCCCUCUUCUCUCUCUGACCUUUCCGUGCACACUGCCUCCUGAGCGCAACAGGUGCUUUCUCCAGCUGCUCUUGCAAAAGACAGCAGCCGGGAUUGGAGCAAUAGGGGUGGGCGGGAGCAGUCCCCUUUCCCCCAAGUCCCCUUCGUCCUCCCCAUGGAACCAAAGUUAUGGGGUUUUUAUCACCUUCCUUAUCUCUUCCUAUCAGCCCCCGCCCAUGCUCCAGGGGGAAAGAGGGGGCUGCCCCUCACAGACGCAGAUGACCCUUUGCUCCGACCCACUCUCAUGAAGUGUUUCUUUUUAGUUGUUUGUUUUUAUGAUGAACAUGCAUCACAGAUUAAUAUAUUGCAACGGACUAUUAAAUUUUUUUUAAAGAAA